GUGCUAGCGAGAGGCGGGGCCUGUACCAUCACUGCCGGUGCCGGGAGCGGGAGAGAAAGAAAGGGAGGCUGGGAGUGCGCUAGGCCGCGGCCUGAUACUGAGUGACCGAGCUGUCUAUCUGGUGCUAGUCGCACGUCUCUCCUGUGACCCUAAGACUCCAGUGGCCGUUUCCAUUUUGUUGUUCGUCCAGAUGGCUUCUGGACUCGGACCCUCCUCCCCUGGCAGUGAGGGGGAGAUUGAAGUGAUGUUAAACAGCCUGCAGCAAGAUGAGGAUGAGCUUGAUGAAGAUCUCUCCGAGCUGGAAACCCCCAAAAUAAAGAAGAAAAAGAAACCUAAAAAACAACGUGAUUCUAAACCUUCCAAGGGGAAAAGGCAGAAAAAGGAGGAUGUGGAUGACAGCUCAGGGGAAGGGAACGAUUUUGGGGAAGACUGUGCUCCCACUCGCUCUGAUAGUGAAGGCAGUGAUUACACCCCUGGCAAAAAGAAGAAAAAGAAGUUGGGACCGAAGAAAGAGAAAAAGACUAAGGUGAAGAGAGAGGAGGAGGACGACGACGAUGAUGACUCAAAGGAGCCAAAGUCUUCUGGGCAGCUUUUGGAGGACUGGGGUAUGGAGGAUAUUGAUCACAUGUUCACAGAGGACGAUUACCGCACACUCACUAACUAUAAGGCUUUCAGUCAAUUUGUCAGACCUCUCAUUGCAGCCAAGAAUCCAAAGAUCCCAGUUUCCAAAAUGAUGAUGGUUCUAGGAGCCAAGUGGCGCGAGUUUAGCACUAACAACCCUUUCAAGGGUAGCUCUGGGGCAUCUGUGGCGGCGGCGGCUGCUGCAGCAGUUGCUGUAGUAGAAAGCAUGGUGGCUAGUACAGAGGUAGUUGUGCCACCUACCCCAGCUCCUGAAGUUCCCCUGCGCAAAGCCAAGACCAAGGAAGGGAAAGGUCCCAAUGCUCGAAAGAAACCAAAGAUCAUCCGUCCACCGGAGGCUAAGAAACCAAAAGCCAAGAAAGUGGCCCCACUGAAAAUAAAGCUUGGAGGGUUUGGGUCCAAGCGUAAACGUUCCUCCAGUGAGGAGGAUGAUGUUGAAGUGGAGUCGGACUAUGAUGAAGGCAGCAUGAACAGUUUCUCUGUGUCUGACGGAUCUACUAGUAAAAGCAGCCGCAGCAGAAAGCGCAUGAAAGCAAGCAAGAAAAAGAAGAAAGGUGAUGAAGAGCCAUCUGCAGGUGCCGUUGACGGUUAUGAGACAGAUCAUCAGGAUUACUGUGAGGUCUGCCAGCAAGGUGGAGAGAUUAUCUUGUGCGACACUUGCCCUCGCGCCUAUCACAUGGUGUGUCUGGACCCUGAUAUGGACAAAGCUCCAGAGGGCAAGUGGAGCUGCCCCCACUGUGAGAAGGAAGGUGUGCAGUGGGAAGUAAAGGAUGAUAAUUCAGAAUGCGAUGAAGAUCUGGAUGAGACAGGAGGUGAUGCAGAAGAGGAAGACCAUCACAUGGAGUUCUGUCGUGUGUGUAAAGAUGGGGGAGAACUUCUGUGCUGUGAUGCUUGCCCCUCCUCCUACCAUAUCCAUUGUCUUAACCCUCCCUUGCCAGAAAUACCCAAUGGAGAAUGGCUGUGCCCUCGAUGCACGUGCCCUUCCCUCAAAGGUAAAAUUCAGAAGAUCCUAAUAUGGAAAUGGGGGCAGCCACCUCCUGUACCACGUCCAGCAGAUGUUUCUGGUGCCCCACCCCCUAAAACAAUUGAAGGACGUCCGGAGCGUGAGUUUUUUGUCAAAUGGCAAGGGAUGUCCUAUCUCCAUUGCUCCUGGGUGACUGAGCUGCAGUUGGAGCUGCACUGCCAGGUUAUGUUUCGUAAUUACCAACGAAAGAAUGAUAUGGAUGAGCCACCUGCAGGAGAUUACGGAGUAGAUGAGGAGGAGAAAAGUCGCAAAAGGAAAAAUAAAGACCCUAAAUACCUGGAAAUGGAGGAAAAAUUUUAUCGUUAUGGCAUCAAGCCAGAGUGGAUGAUGAUCCACCGCAUAUUAAACCACAGUGUGGACAAGAAGGGUUACGUACACUACCUGAUCAAGUGGAGGGACUUGGCUUAUGACCAGGCUUCCUGGGAGUUGGAGGAUGCCGAUGUGCAGGACUUUGACAUGUACAAACAGGGGUACUGGAAUCACAGGUGGGUUGGAUCAAUGUCAGUAGCUACCAGUUAUGGUAAACCCUGA